AUGGACAAGAUGCCCCGAGUGCACGCGGGCGGACUCAACGCAACUUUCGUGCCCUCCGCCGCGCACGGAGUCCUCAAGUCGUUGCUGGAGAACCCCGUCAAGCUCCCCGGCAGGCACCAUGACGGUUUUGUCAAGGAUCUGGACAAGGAGAAGAAACUGGAAGAAGAGUGCAGCGCCCCCCAGUCUGCCUUUCUGGGGCCAACGCUGUGGGACAAGACACUGCCGUAUGAUGGCGACAACUUCCAGCUGGAGUACAUGGACCUGGAAGAGUUCCUGUGUGAGAACGGCAUCCCGGCUAGCCCUGCCCAGCAUCCACCACCCCCACCUCAGCCCAUCAGGGCACCGCUUCCACCAGUGCCAGUGCCACCCUCGGUGAUGGACCUCAGCAGCCAUGCCUCAGCGUCUGUUCACAAUGUGCCACCUGGUUUUCCUCUAAGAAACCCCAACAGGCCAGGCCUUCUAAACUUCAGAAACACCCCGAGCCCGAUUGACCCCGACUCCAUCCAGGUUCCAGUAGGAUACGAGCCAGAUCCGGCCGACUUGGCGCUGUCGAGCGUUCCAGGCCAGGAAAUGUUCGACCCGCGCAAACGCAAGUUCUCGGACGAGGAACUGAAACCUCAACCUAUGAUCAAAAAGGCUCGCAAGGUUUUCAUCCCUGAAGACCUGAAGGAUGACAAAUACUGGGCCCGGCGCAGGAAGAAUAACAUGGCUGCCAAGCGCUCGCGCGACGCCCGGCGCCUGAAGGAAAACCAGAUCGCCAUCCGGGCUGGCUUCCUGGAGAAAGAGAACUUGGCGCUCAGGCAGGAAGUAGGCGAGCUGCGCAAAGAGCUCGGACGCACCAAGACCAUCCUGGCUAAGUAUGAAGCCCAACAUGGACGUCUGUGA